GAGCUUUCUAGCUGCAUAUCAACAGUAGCCCGCUAGAAUAAAUUUGCUGCUUGUCAUCUUCUAGCUUUAGGCGGGAAUGACCCGCGUGGUCCUAUUGUUUGCGUCCUAGUCAUCUGUCGCGAAUCAGGCAAAGUACGGUGUUCCAAGGUGAUCGUCGUUGCUGCGAUACAAGCAGUGCCGAGAGAACAGCGCGAAAGAAUUUCGCAACAGAAAAUUCGUGUAGGUGGAUUUGGAUAGUUUAUAACGAUGAAACACGACGACGACGAGCGAGGCCGGGACGGUUUGUGAGUGAAUUUACAGGCUUGCAAAGUAGAUGGAGAGAGCACAAAAACAGAUUCAGAAUUGUUGACGCCUUCGUGGAGUUGAAAAUUAACAUAGUGGCCAUUUGGUAGGCGAGGUAAGCAGUGUUAUUUUUUAGUUGCGCUACUGGUGAUAGAGGUACGUAGACGUGGAGUGCAUGUGGUCUUUCAGCAACAGUGAGAUGAGUGGCUUGCGUUGGACUUGGAAAGGGUAGUCAAGCACAAUAAAGCUCCACUCAGAGCAUCUACGUAUCACUCGCAUCACCACGUGCCAGAUUUAAGCGGAGUAAAUUUAAUUUUUGCACUCAAUUCCAAACCGUAUAGGGCAACUCGUGUUAGUACCACGCACCUCACCCCUUUUCCGUGUUCCAAGUAUGAUGUUGGCGUGGGAGAUGAUGAAGACGUUUUUCCUCUGGAACGCCGCGUGGGGUUCAGUCGCCCUUUGCAAGGCGAUUGACCCCCCCCCCGCCCGGCAGGCACCAUGGAACUGGAGACCCUCCCGAACGGAGACUCCAAGCCCGCCAGUGGCAACAGUCUGCGCGGCCCGGAAAAAUCUGAGGAGCACGGCGAUGCCGCGAAGGCGAAAAGCGCAGUGUUGGAGAAGCAAUCUGAUGGGAGCUGGUUUUCGUUUUGGGACGACGAGCCCGAGGACAAGGCCCAACAGCCAGCCGAAACCGGUGGGGGCUGGUUUUCGGAUUGGUUUUACGACGCGCCCCACGAACUGGAAGAGAGGCAACCACUAACAACCACGCAUCCGCAUCACCCUAUCCUGUGCAAAAGUAUCGUACUCGUAGUAAUUGCAGUCAUGCAUUACAAGUUUUUUUCUUAGAGGUAAAUCCGCAUGACAAAUUUUAUUUCUCACGCUGAAGAAAUUUGUAAUGCAUUUAUACGAGUGCGAUACUUUUGCAGUUCAUACACCCGUAUCCCAACCAACCCAUCGACGACGUCGGACUCGUGGAAAUGGUCAACACGAAUUUGGGGCGGUUAAAUUGGGGGUGUGACACUGGUCUGUCCUCGGGUGGAGAGUGCUUCUGCAGGGUGCCCAAGGGUUGGGGCUGGGGGGGAGCCUCAGCCGAGAAUCCAGCGCGCUGCUUCCACACCGAAAACGGAUACUGGGGGAAAGUGAUUUGCUUCGGGAAGUGGUCGUCGCGCGGUUUGCGGUGCUCAGAAGAGAUGCCGCCCUCGUUUCAUUACAACUCCUAAGCACGCCCCCGUCGCUAUGACGCUCCUGCUGUUGAUGUUAACUCCACGGCAGUUGUCGCUAAAGUCCUGUAUGUAAUGAUGAUUUUUAUGAACAAAACUUACACAAACCGAUAAAAUUUUUAGCACAAAUUUAUUUUUUUAAAAUCACAACUUGUGACUUAAAACAACCUCACAAGCGAACCAGACGGACUCCAAUUUUGUUUUUGAUUUUACUAUUGCAAAUUGAAAAAAUAAAAAUUAUGCUGAGCUCUCUUCAAAAGCUUGCUUCUCGGCAUAGUACGCAUAUUGCUGAACAACCCAAGGUUGUAGCCACACAAACUGCACAUCGGAAGCUGAUAAAAGUGAAUAUUGAGUGAGAACUUACUACUAGUGCUAGCUGCACAUGCACAUCAGCAGCCCGCUAAAAUGAAUUUGCUACUUGUACUUUCAUCUUCUAGCUACAGGCGGGGACAAGAACCCGCGUGGUCCUAUUGCUUGCGCC